GGCGGCGGCGGCGAUUCUUGGCGGAGAUGGGCAACAAUCUCGAGAAGGUAUUCCGGGACGACGAGUAUGAGGUGACGCUGCGCAUCAAGAAGGUGGAUCACGGCGGCCGCGGGCAGCAGGCGAAUGGCGCCGCGAAUGGGAAUGCCGAGCAGACGCCCGCCGCGGAGGCAAUGCCCAAGUACGCGGUGCCCAACGGCGACAGCAGGGCGCGCAAGAGCGCCGACGACCGGUCGAUGCGAGCGCGCAAGAUUUUGAAGGUGGGGGCGCUGGACGAGGCGAAUUCGAGCGAUAGCGAGCAGCAGCAGCCGCUGGAGGAAGGGGCGACGCCGCGGACGGGGCGCUACGCUGGGAGGAAGACUUCGUGUAUGAAGUGGAGUAACUCCGGCCUGGACAUGAGCGUGCUAAAGUCACACCUUUCUCCAAAUUUCCAUGUGACUGUGCCGCCAGAGUUCGUUGCGAUGCACGGGAGCUUCUUCGACAUCUCAAACGGCGUGCAGGGCAAGUCCCUAGAGAUCGAGGAGAUCACCAAGACGAGGUUCAAGUUUAAGAAGCAGCACUGGGCCCAGAUCGUCCACGAGCACAAUCUCCAGCUCAACGACACUGUGCACUUCGAGAUGGAGGGCAAGUCCAAGCUCCGGAUCGAAAAGGGUCACUCGCUCGCGCAGUACACUCCAGCGGAGCCAUCAGCGUCUCCACCUCCCUACCCAAACACAGGACCUGGCGGCGCUGAGCUCUACUCGCCGGGAGUAACAGAUUCGGCAGGAGCAGCAACAUCGGGAGCAGCAACACCAGCAGCAGCAGGAGUAGCAACAGCAACAGCAGCAGCAGCAGCAGCAGCAGCAGCCGGGCCUGAAUCUUCCCCAGCAGAAGGCGUCGCGGCUUAAGAUUAAUUUCCGGUCAUCUUGGUACUUUUUUUUCUUCGUUCUUCGUUUCCUUUUCAUCUCUGGAGACACUGUUCCUACAGAAAAUCACUUUCUUUGUAACCGAGGGCUCCAUAGAGCAUUGGUUUGUUGUAUUGUUAAACUUCAAACAUUAUAUAAGUGUUUGUAUGAGGGA